UGACAGCAGAUGGAGCCACAGUGUAGCGCGCAUUGUUUUAAUUGAGUGAAACACUGAGACAAAGUUAAGACUGUUGAACAAGUUAUAAGGAGAAAGGCUCGGAUUGGCUGCAGGGUGCACCCAAUGGGAGUCAACCAGGCAGGAAAACAAUAGUUCUGAAGGUCCGUGUGAAGUCAAGGCUAUUUUUGGUGGGACCCGCCUCGCUUGCUAUUUCUGUCAGCAGGAGAGCGGAGGGAGGGGAGGGGAGGGGGCAGGACUUGGAGGGGCCGGACUUUCUUUUCUGCAACUUGCCUCCGAUAAGUCUCUUUUCUUUUCCUCCUCCUCCUCCUCCUCCGUCUCUGUGCUGCGGACUGACAACAGCAGCGGAUCUCACCAUCAUCACCUCCCGGCAGCUCUUUUGGAUCUCUUGGACGCACCAGGACUUGUUUAGCUGGAUUAUUUGACAGAGUUUGGACUCUUUGGAGAGGCUGUGAGGUGUUACCGGGUUCACACUUACAAGAUGGAAUCAGCACCUCUGGGAGCAUCGUAAAGACGGACAGACUCGACAACAGAUUUUGUACAGUGGCAGAAUCCUCGGUGGCGGUGCCGGUGUCGUGCGGCGCCUUGUUUCCCAUGGACCUGAGGGUGGGGGAGCGGGGGAUGCGUCCCGGCUCGGACACGGCGCUCCUCACCUCGCUGCACCCGCCGCUCCUCCUCACGCCGUUCUCCCCUCCGCCACGCUCCUCCUUCUCCCAGCAGCAGCUGCACCAGCACAUCCGGUUUAACAUGGAGCAGAGGAGGCGCGAGCAGGAGCACCAGGAGAAACAACAGGAGCUGCAGCAGCUGAAGCACAAAGACAAGAGUCAACAGAGUGCCGUAGCCAGUUCUCUGGUGAAACAGAAACUCCAGGAGGUGAUUCUGAAGAAACAGAAACAAGCAGCGCUGGAGAGAACAAACUCCAACAGUCUGACUGCUGCUCCUGUAGCUUACAGGAAGCUGGGUCCAGACCCCAGCGUGUCCUCCCAGCCUCUGGUCUCGUCUCCUCCACAGCCGUCCUCCGACGGAUCAGAAGGAACGCCGCUACGCAGAGCAGCGUCUGAGCCGAACCUGAAGGUGAAACACAAGCUGAAGAAACACCUGAACACCCGCAAGAGUCCUCUGACCCGCAAAGAGAGCGCCCCGGCUACCGUCAGACACAGAGUACCUGACACACUGGACUCGUCCCCCAGCAGCAGCAGUACUCCGGUCUCUGGCUGCAGCUCUCCCAACGACAGUCUACCCAACGAGAACGGGAUGCUGCCAUCUGCAGGCAUCCUCUCACAUGAGGCCCAGAGGCUGCUGCUCAGAGACGGCACGCUGGCUAACUUCACCAUCCAGAGUCCGUCCACUCUGCCCACCAUCACACUGGGACUACCAGCCAACGCCCGGGCUGAAGGGGAGCUGUCCUCUCCGAGGGGGGGACGGAUGCCCGUGGUAACAGCCGGGGGCACGCCGGUCUUCCUCCCCCUGAGGGGAGAGGACCAGACGGGGCAGCUGAACCCUCAUCUCCCCGUCAUCAUCCUGGAGCCUUCUGGACUGGUGCACGGCCAACUACUCACUGUUCCAGGUCUAGACGGCGUCCCGCUCCAGUUUGCGCCCCAGUUAGACCACCUGGCUCCUGGAGGAGCUCACCCCCAUAAGCCCCUGAGCCGGACACGCUCGGAGCCCCUCCCCCAGAGCCCCCGCACCCUCCACACACACCUCCUCCAACAGCAGCACAACACACAACUACUGGAGAGGCUCAAGCAGCAAACUCACCUGGGAAAGCUGAUGUCCAAGUCCAGCGAGAAGCCCAGGCUGCAUCAGAUCCCGUCUGAGGACAUGGACUCGGAGGACGGAGGCGGGACGUCGCCGACAGAACCGACCUAUCAGAGCAGAGUGAGGGCGGAGUCACUGAGGGAGGCGGAGCCAUCAGCGUCCAAGAGCCAAGAGGAGCAACUCAACCUGCAACAUGCACUUAUACUGAACCAGUCGUUGCUAUGGGAACAGCAGAAGCAGCUGCAGCAGCUGCACCGACAGAUGGAGACCCUGGCCGUGCCCAUGCUGCGUGGAGGCGGUGGCGGUGGCGGGGUCGGUGGCGGGUUGGGGGUCCAUCGGCCCCUGUCCCGUACUCAGUCGUCUCCAGCCUCCACCUCUCUCACCCUGCCAGAGAAACCCCUGAGUCUGGCUGCUCAGGACCCCAGCAGCAAGCCCCGCUUCACCACCGGUCUGGUGUAUGAUUCUCAGAUGCUGAAGCACCAGUGUACAUGUGGAGACAACAGCAGUCACCCAGAGCAUGCUGGGAGGAUACAGAGCAUCUGGUCCAGACUUCAGGAGAGAGGUCUGAGGGGGCAGUGUGAGACUAUUCGUGGUCGUAAAGCGACUCUGGAGGAGCUGCAGUCGGUCCACUCGGAGCGUCAUGUGUUGCUGUACGGCACCAACCCGCUCAACAGACUCAAACUGGACAACCGCAAACUGGCCGGAAUCCUCUCUCAGAGGCUGUUUGUGAUGUUACCAUGCGGGGGAGUCGGGGUUGAUAACGACACCAUCUGGAACGAGUCGCACACUUCAACAGCGUCCCGCAUGGCGGCAGGCAGCGUGGUGGAGCUGGCCUUCAGAGUGGCCAAAGGAGAGCUGAAGAACGGCUUUGCUGUGGUCAGACCGCCAGGGCAUCAUGCAGACCCCUCCAACCCAAUGGGUUUCUGUUACUUCAACUCUGUUGCCAUCGCCGCCAAGCAGCUCCAACACAAGCUCAGCGUCAGCAAGAUCCUCAUUGUUGACUGGGAUGUUCACCAUGGUAACGGCACCCAGGAAGUGUUCUACAACGACCCCAGCGUUCUCUACAUCUCACUUCAUCGCUACGACGAUGGAAACUUCUUUCCUGGCAGCGGGUCGCCGGCUGAGGUUGGUUCUGGACCAGGCCAGGGCUUCAAUGUGAAUGUGGCGUGGACAGGAGGACUGGACCCACCGAUGGGGGAUGCUGAGUACAUUGCUGCAUUCAGGUCUGUGGUGAUGCCGAUCGCCCAGGAGUUUUCUCCGGACGUGGUUCUGGUGUCCGCCGGGUUUGACGCUGCCGAGGGAAACCCCGCUCCUCUGGGAGGAUACAAGGUCUCCGCCAAAUGUUUCAGCUUCCUGACCCGGGAGCUCAUGUCUCUAGCAGGAGGUCGUGUGGUUUUGUCCCUGGAGGGAGGACACGACCUCACGGCUAUCUGCGACGCGUCUGAAGCCUGUGUCAGUGCACUGCUGGACAUUCAGGACCCUCUGCCAGAAGAAGUCCUGCUCCAGAAACCAAACGCUAACGCAGUCCGCUCCCUGCAGGCCGUCAUACAGAUACAGAGUCAGUACUGGCAGAGUGUGAAGGCUUCCAGUGGGUCGGUGGCUCUGUCCUACCUGGCUGCUCAGAGGAGAGACUGUGAGGAAACAGAUGCUGUUAACGCUCUCGCCUCGCUCUCUGUGGGAGUCCUCUCCAACAAGAGCCUCUCUGACGAGCCGAUGGAGCACGACAGCGACUCCAUGUAGAAGAAUCUGACCAAUCACCUCACAGAACUCACUUUCAGGAUUUGGGCGCCACCCUAAAGCCUCGGAUCGGGAGAGUUUAUAACGCCACUGAGCCCCACCCGUCUGCCUUAUUCUCACACAUGCACGUCCACCAACACACCAUGCUGAAACCUCGACAAACCUGCAGUGUGAGCACCUCAAUGCUGGUACCCACUCAGCACUUCCUGCAGCUGGGAAACCUCCUGAAACCUCACCAAAGAGCAAUACAAGAUGAUUUUUUUUUUAAAUGUCUGACUGAUAUUGGACUGUGUGUAUGUUCAGAGGUCCUGUGACCAGAAAACUUAACCCUUUAUCAGGCAAAGAACUAUAUUUGGUAACUUCAGGUAAUAUUUUGAGAAAAAAGUUGCAGAUUUAAGAGAUUUAAAGUGGUGAAUCUGCGUGAAAA